UGGAAAAAAACCUCGAAUUGUUCACAUCCGGGAACAUUGCCGAGAUGGUCAUGGCGGAGGGUACAGCAGUCCUGAGAAGGAAUCGUCCGGGAACCAAGGCGAAGGAUUUUUACAGCUGGCCCGACGAGUCCUUCGAGGAGAUGGACAGCACCCUGGCAGUGCAGCAGUACAUUCAGCAGAACAUUCGUUCGGACUGCGCCAACAUCGACAAGAUACUGGAGCCCCCGGAGGGACAGGACGAGGGUGUGUGGAAAUACGAGCACCUGAGACAGUUUUGUCUGGAACUGAACGGCCUUGCUGUUAAAUUACAGGGAGAAUGCCACCCUGACACAUGCACACAGAUGACAGCUACAGAGCAGUGGAUCUUUCUUUGUGCUGCACAUAAAACCCCCAAAGAGUGUCCCGCUAUAGACUAUACAAGACAUACACUGGACGGAGCUGCCUGCCUUCUGAACAGUAAUAAGUAUUUCCCCAGUCGGGUGAGCAUAAAGGAGUCAUCUGUGGCGAAGCUGGGUUCUGUCUGUCGCCGCAUCUACAGGAUAUUUUCCCACGCCUACUUUCACCACCGCCAGAUUUUUGACAAGUAUGAGAAUGAGACCUUCCUGUGUCAUCGGUUUACACGUUUUGUAAUGAAAUAUAAUCUGAUGUCAAAGGACAAUCUAAUUGUGCCCAUUCUGGAGGAGGAGGUGCAGAACGCCGGUUCUGCAGAGAGUGAGGCUUGAGGACGGACACAUACAAACAAGUCUUCAAGGAAUAGUUCAUGCAAAAAUGCUAACCUUAGUGACAAUAAAUCAACAGUAGUGGGGAACAGGUCACAGGAUCUCAUUUGCAUAAAUGCCAUUACUACCUUUUAUUCAACAUCAGCAUUGUUAGGAUUUUUGGGUGGAGUUUUCCUUUAACACUUCACAUUUUCAGGCCUGGGCUUUAGAUUGAAUUAUGUACGUAAUGCACCUCACUUGUAUAAAAGCUCACACACGCCCAUCAACACAUCCGGUCGAUUCACACACCAUUGUGCCCAUCUAAGUACUGUCAUCUCAGACAUCCCAACAUGAGACCCAGUAACCGCCAAACUCAUGUGGCUGCUUGUACAAAGCAGUCAAGAUGUUUUCCAUUAACAACAUGAAACAAGCUUCACCAGAAUCAGAUGGCUGAUACAAACAGCCCUGCCAUUUAUUGCUAUGGCAACACUACAGGGACAUUUUAGUGUUUUUAACCAGUCAUGUUCUGAUCUUGUUAAUCUUCAGCUCGCUUUUUUAAUGCUUGCAUUUGCUUUGUUCUUUUGGUUAAGUUAUUGCUAAAG